AUGGAACCAAUUUCCCUUAACUCUCACGGGUUCGUUAACCUCCUUGCCUCCAAGAGCAGUCAACUAAUAGAUAUUGGUUGUUCUGAGGUUCCAAAACUUGCGGAAAGGCGGAAGUGGACAACCAAAGAAGAUGUGGUGCUGAUCAGUGCUUGGUUGAACACCAGCAAGGAUCCAAUCGUGAGUAAUGAGCAGAAGGCUGGCUCAUUUUGGAAGCGCAUAGAGAAGUGUGUGAAUGCAAGCCCUCUGCUCGUUGGCUCCGUUCCUAGGGAGUGGAGUCAAUGUAAGCAGAGGUGGGGUAGGGUUAAUGAACAGGUUUGCAAGUUCGUGGGAUGUCACGAAGCUGCUUUGAAGAAGCAAGCCAGUGGACAAACUGAGAAUGAUGUCAUGAAGGCGGCUCAUGACAUCUUCUUUAAUGACUACAAUGCCAAGUUCACUCUUGAACAUUGUUGGAGGGAGCUUCGGUUUGAUCAAAAAUGGAGAUCCCACACUUCGACACGAGAUGGUGCAAAGGAGAAGAGGAAGGAACCUGCGGAGGAGGUGGGUGGCGAGGAAGAUGUUAGGCCUCCCGGUGUGAAGGCUUCCAAAGCAGCAAAACGCAAGAAACACUUCAAUUAA